AUGGCUGGGAUCCCGAUCUUCACAGCUAUAUCUACAUCGGCUAGGCAAUUGCACCUCCUGCUUCGAUGUAUCGCGUUUUCUCCGCGAGCUGAGGUACAAAUCACGCAUUCAGGGAUACGUUUCUCUGUUGAAGAAGCUAGAGUAGUGCAAGGUCUUACUUUUCUCGACAAAGCUCUAUUCUCAUCCUAUCAACUAAAUGUCGAUGAUGAGCAGGACGCACUCCCAAUAUUUUCAAUUUCAAUUGUCGCUUUACUGGAAACACUGCAGAUCUUUGGGAUUUCAGAAACAAACUCCUCAUCUCGAAAUCCAAAUGGAGGCUUCUCGACCUCUUAUGGAAACGCCUUCAGCGCGCCUUCUCUGUCGCUGGCUGGUACCUGCCGUAUAACAUAUCAAGAAGCGGGCGCACCUCUUGCUAUCACUAUCCAGGAAGGCUCUGUGACAACCACAUGCGAAAUGAACACCUAUGAGGUUCAUGGAGAGUACGAUGAUGAUGGAGGAAUUCCACUAGAUCGAGAGAGGCUGUGUUUGAAAGCAAUCAUGCGGAGCACCUGGCUCCAUGACGCCAUUAUUGAAUUAUCAGGUACCAAUCCCUCGGCCCUUGUGCUCAAUGCCUCAAAUCGCUCAGCUCCAUACUUUGCAUUGGGAGGGGAGGGCGGCCCAUUUGGGGAUAGUACUGUGGAUUUCUUGCCUGAAUCUAAGAAUGAGCCAACUCCAAGCGGGAUUCGAGGAAGGAAACAGCCAUUAGUGACGGAGAAUUUUUCGAUUGCUGCACCUUCUGGCACUCAUGGCAGGGUCAGACAGCGUUACAAGUUUGAAAUGGUGAAACGUGCAGGAAGAGCAAUGGCAUUGGCUUCCAAAGUCAGUCUGCGACAAGAUCAGCAAGGAGUACUCAGUCUACAGUUCAUGAUCGAUCUAGGUGAUGGGGCUGCCGCUAUGGGAGGACGACGUGGCGAUGGCGACGGGACAAUGGCGGCGCCUCCGACUCCAGGGAGUGUGGCCUUUGUAGACUUUCGAUUUGUGCCACUCGUUGGUGGUGAGGACGAUACUGCCAGCGACUCCGACAGCAGCAACGAGAUCGAUGCAGGAGAUAAUUUUGAAGGUCUCGAGCUUUGUUGA